AUGACGACACAGAUGAUCACGGUGCAACAGGAGCAGCUGGCAGCCAUCUUCCUGCUGCUGAGGGAGAACCAGGAGGCGCUGGGGGAGGUGACGGAGGGGGACAUGGAGGAGCAGCUGAAGCUUGCUGUCCAUCCUCUGUCCCAGCCUCUGUCCCAGCCUCUGUCCCAGCCUCUGUUCCAGGCUCUGUCCCAGGCUCUGUCCCAGCCUCUGUCCCAGGCUCUGUCCCAGCCUCUGUCCCAGGCUCUGUUCCAGGCUCUGUCCCAGCCUCUGUCCCAGGCUCUGUCCCAGCCUCUGUCCCAGGCUCUGUCCCAGCCUCUGUCCCAGCCUCUGUCCCAGGCUCUGUCCCAGCCUCUGUUCCAGGCUCUGUCCCAGCCUCUGUCCCAGGCUCUGUCCCAGCCUCUGUCCCAGGCUCUGUCCCAACCUCCGUCCCAUCCUCCGUCCCAGCCUCCGUCGCAGGCUCCGUCCCAGCCUCUGUCCCAGUCUCUGCCCCAGCCUCUGUCCCAUUCUCUGUCCCAGGCUCCGUCCCAGCCUCCGUCCCAGGCUCCGUCCCAGGCUCCGUCCCAGCCUCUGUCCCAGCCUCUGUUCCAUUCUCUGUCCCAGCCUCUGUCCCAGCCUCUGUCCCAGGCUCUGUCCCAGCCUCUGUUCCAGCCUCUGUCCCAGCCUCUGUCCCAGCCUCCGUCCCAGCCUCUGUCCCAGCCUCUGUUGCUUUUUUCUCAUUUUGACUUUGACCUAGAAUGUCCAUGACUUGUAGAGUGACUGUAGCUGCUGCAUUCUGGGUAACGUAGUGUCUUUAUUUGGUCACAUGUUCUGUGGUUGCUUUUGUGUGAUUUUUACUGAGACGCUCCGACAUGUGAAAGUGGGUUAACU